AGUAGCAUCUACAGCAGUAGCAUCAGCAUCCUUAGCGCUGCUCCUCUCGCGCCCCUCCCCCGCCCACUUCGCCUCCCACCCGCUGUCUCCGAGAGGCAGCCGGGCUGCAAGGGAACCCAUCGAGGGUAAUAUGUUCCCGCGGCGACUCCUCCCGUGCGUGUCCUUGGCCCCGGGUUCGGCGCCGCAGCUCCUCCUCGUUUCCUCUGCUCCCGUCGCCACCGCUUCUCUCCUUACCUCUCUCCAUCUCCAUCUCUGCCGCUGCCGCUGCUCCUGAUGGAUGCCGGGGAGUGCUGCAUUGCUUAAGCGCUUCUCCCCCACCUCCCCUUUUGCUGGUAGGGUAGGGGCCCUGGGUGCUGCUCUUUCGCCUCUCUUGGUUUAGAGGGGUUUAUUGCCUAGCUAGAGACAUUUCUGUUUUCUUUCCCCCCUUUCAUUCCUUUUCUUCUUUCCCCUCCACCCUGAGACCAUGUAGAUUCACUGGCGAGAGAUCCCACCUAGGCGGGAGUGGGGCUAGGCGGCUUAGAUAAAAGGCUGAGAGGAGGAGGAGGGAGAAGAGGAGGUAUUGGAGGGGGAGCCCACGCUGCUGCUGGUGCCACCGCCGCCACCAAAAAUUUUGCUGGUACCAUAUGAGAUCACUGUAUACCAAAGGGAGAGGGGGAGAUAACCAGCUUUACCCGAAUCCCUCUACUUGGAUCAAAGGGAUUUUAAACACAAACGUAGAGCUCUUUUUUUAAAAAAUUAAAUAGUGACAAAAAUAUGCAUCUUUGAAUAAGCAAAGAGAUAAGUAGGCUCCUUCCCCCUCCUCUUUUCUUUUCUUUCUUUCUUUUCCCCUAAAGAUUCUCUCUCCCCGCCCCGGAACUCUGCCGAAGAGCCACUUUAUUAUUAAUCAGAAUUCCCAUCUUUAUCUAGGGCUCUUCCUUCUGUAGGGACUGCAGCAUCAGAGUAUUGGGUCUGAGAUGUGCGUGGGGGUUGUUUUUAUUAUAUCUUAGAAGAGAAGAGAGAGGAAGACAGCAGCGAGAUAGCCGGGGCUAUUUAGGGGUAGUAGAAAGGAGUAAAGAACUGAGUGCUGAAAACUACAGGGGGGACACAUCCCCUAAAGAAAAGGGAACAGGAGUGGGACAUUGGGGGGGGGGCGGAGUGUGGUGGAGCAACAGGGUACCACAUUUGAUACGAAGACAAAUUAAUUCCUGUAAAGAAAAAGGAGGCAGCAGUAGUAGCAGCCAGGGUCCAAGGGUGUAGGGUGUGUGUGGCAGAGGCCAGACUGGUCAACAAGGAACAAGAGGAGACAAGGAACUGGAGCACAAUGACUCAUUUACAAGCAGGUCUAUCUCCAGAGACACUGGAAAAAGCCCGACUGGAGCUGAAUGAGAACCCAGACACCUUGCACCAGGACAUUCAGGAGGUGCGGGAUAUGGUCAUCACCAGGCCAGAUAUUGGUUUCCUUCGCACGGAUGAUGCCUUCAUCUUACGCUUCCUGCGGGCCAGGAAGUUUCAUCACUUUGAGGCUUUCCGCCUCCUGGCCCAGUACUUUGAAUACAGACAACAGAAUCUGGACAUGUUUAAAAGCUUUAAGGCUACUGACCCUGGCAUCAAACAGGCUCUAAAAGAUGGCUUUCCUGGAGGACUAGCCAAUCUGGACCACUAUGGCAGGAAGAUCUUAGUCCUCUUUGCAGCUAACUGGGACCAGAGCAGGUAUACUUUAGUGGAUAUUUUGCGUGCUAUACUUCUUUCUUUGGAAGCCAUGAUUGAAGAUCCAGAACUACAAGUGAAUGGAUUUGUUCUGAUCAUAGAUUGGAGCAACUUCACCUUCAAGCAGGCCUCUAAACUCACACCAAGCAUGCUGAGAUUAGCAAUAGAGGGCCUUCAGGACAGUUUUCCAGCUCGAUUUGGAGGAAUUCAUUUUGUCAAUCAGCCUUGGUACAUCCAUGCCCUGUACACUGUCAUACGGCCUUUCCUUAAGGAGAAGACACGCAAAAGGAUAUUUCUGCAUGGAAAUAACCUGAAUAGCCUGCAUCAACUCAUUCAUCCAGAGAUUCUACCUUCUGAAUUUGGAGGAAUGCUACCCCCCUAUGAUAUGGGUACAUGGGCAAGAACACUGCUAGACCAUGAGUAUGAUGAUGACAGUGAGUACAAUGUGGACUCCUAUAGUAUGCCUGUGAAAGACGUGGAGAAAGAACUAUCUCCAAAGUCCAUGAAGAGAUCUCAGUCAGUAGUGGAUCCUGCAGUGCUAAAACGUAUGGAUAAAAAUGAGGAAGAAAACAUGCAGCCUUUACUUUCUCUGGACUAAGAACCUAUUAACAUCACCAAUAAAUUGGAAUGGAAGGUACUCCCUUUCAGCAAGAAGCAAACCAUUGGGGAAGAAUGUACCAGCUGGGAAUCUAUUUAUUUAUAUUAAUGUAGCAUAAUGUAAUAAGGCAGCAGGUUUUCCCAGUGUGCCUAAAACAUAGGUGUCCUGGGCUGGAUUUUUUUUUAAAUCAAUAAUUUAUUCUGUAAGUGCCAACUUGUUUGUAAAUACAAUGUAAGCUCCACUUAAAUUUUGUUAGUCUUGAUAGCAACAUAGUUUGGAAAAAGGAUGACUCUUAAGUCCCUGUCAUACACACACAUAGACACACACACACACACACACACACAUCAUACUACACUGUAACCAAAGGGGUAAAACACACAUGAAAAAGAUCAAAGGUAAUUAAAUGUAGCCCUGUUUCCUAUGAAGCCAUAUUGCAGCUAUCAUAGUGACUGCUUCUUUUUCCUCUGAGAUUCUCUUUCAGUAUGUUAAUAUAUUUCUUCAUAGGAAAAGGGAAAUAGAAGAUUGUGGGAAAUGUUAUUAUUGCAAACAUAGUUCCUAUCCAGGGAUUAUCAUUUCAGAGGAAACAUACCCUGAGACCCUCACUGGCCUUGUAUUAUCGAGACAAAGAAUAACAGUUGAGCAGGUAAACCAGACUUUUGGAAUAUUUUAUGUUGGAGUCUUAGGGCACUGGGAAGUGGCAUUUCCUUUCAGUUAAAAUGUAGAAUUCAGAAACAAUGUGGACUCUUCUCAGACUUCUGUCUUUACAAUUUGUUCUUUAUUCAAGCCUCCAUUGUAUUCUGUCUAGUAUACUUGGAGAAGUUUUUUUUUUUUUUUCCUAAAAUCUCAUCAACAAGAGGAAGAGAACUCAUACAAACCAAAUGUUUUGACAACCAAUUUUGAACACAACACUUUUCAUUAGCAGACAAGGGGCUAAUUUCUGAAUCAUGUGAACUGGUUGAUUAAAAAAUACAUAUAUAUAUAUAUUUAUUUUUACUGUGCUCUAAAGAAGUAAGAGGCCUACUAAUUAAGGAUCCAUACACCCCAUGAUAGUUGUUCAGUGUGCUUAGAGAUAUUAUAGAUUGUCACAUGAGGUACUGCUGAAACCUAUUUCAACUUAAGGUCAAUGUAAACCAGGUGUAGUGAAACAGACUGUUAAAGGUUGUACUCAUUUUAUCUGUAAUAUAGUCUUGAACAUGUGCCAUAUUGCUGAAAUCCUUUUUACCUCAGAGGAACAACAGAACUUGAUAUAGAUUUAAUGGCAUUCAUCAACUGAGUUUUUCUCAAAUUGACCAAUGUUAAGUUUCCAUCAUUCACUUGAUUAUCUAUGUAGGAAGGACAGGAAUGAAUGGACAAACAGAAUCUCAGAGUUAUAACUAAAUCACCAAUACUAGGGUGGGUGAUAUAGACUAAAACUAGCUUUAGGGUUCACCAUUAAAAGGGAACUCUUUCAAUAUGGUGGCAAUAUUUUCAUUUAGUUUAAAUUCCUAUUAUCAGGGAAAAGAAUCAAAGUCUCUAUCACUUUUUUGGAUUUGGGGCUAAACUGACAAAAACUAUAUGUUUUAUGGUGAAGAGAAGAGAAAGAUUGUGAUUGACCAAGUUAUUGGGAAUUGGAAGCAAUGAAGUUUUAUUGCUCCCUUUUACAGACUUUUACACUCCAUGUGUCCUUUCCCAAAUCUAACCUAAGUUGGCCAUCUAGAUAAGUUUUUGAAACAUAUAUCAGAACCUUUAGCCCAAACAGGAAAGAUAGAUGCAAUUUUCCUUUUCAAGUAUGAAUCACUUAAUCAAUUUGCAUGGAAUAUUUCAAAUCAUAAUAUCUUGGUAUAUUAGUCUAUUUUAAAAGUAUUUGGGAAUAUAUUGGAAAUAAAAAGAAUACCAGUACAUUAAUUGGUACAAUUCAAAGUAUGUUAAGAAAUUUCUAGUAAAUCUGAAUUAAUAAUCAUUUAAAAAUGCAAUUUCUCUUCAGUGACAGAGAAAGCACUUACUGUAUCAAGUAUAAACUCAACCUGCUAAUAAUUUAAUACUUAAAAUGAUUUGGAAAUAAAGGAUAAUGGACUCUUCAUUUUUUAUUUAAUGAUUGUACUGCUAAGUGACCCUGAAUGUCUAUGUUUUUACAUGUUUGUAUAUGUGGUGUACAAUUUGGAGUCUUAGGCUUCAUAUUCUACAUAACUCACUGUAAGGUUCUAAGUUAUAGUUUCCAGUCUUGUAAUUGGAGGGGGGAGACAACAAUAACUAAGUAGAGUCAAUUUUCAAUGAAUUUUGUGUGCGUUUUCCUGUGAUAGACCAUUGACAACUUUGCAAUCAUAAGUUACCUUUCUAGCUCCAGAAAACAUAUUCCCAAUCGCCUCCCUUAAUCAUGCAGUGACAACGCAUGCAAAGAAUGUGAACUCAUUUUAAUAUGGACCUAGGAAAAUGCAAACAGGAUGGCAAAUCUUCUAAUAUAUUUCAAAUUCAAAUAUUAUCACCUUCCCCCCACUUUGAGAUAUAUGCAGUGCUGCAUGGCUGCAUGAGCAUAGCAUGGGAAAAAUGAUAGUUGAUUCUAUUACUUAAAACAUCUAAAAAUGAAUGGGUGGAGUAUAAUAGUGAUGCCUUUUGAAAUUACUUUGUCUAGGUAAUUCAAAAACUAAGUUUAUUGGCCAGUGACCUUUUUGAAGUUGCUUAGUUAAGAGAUGUACAUUCAACUUUAUGAAUCCUUUUCUCAGUAUUGCCUAACUAGAAAUUUGUUUAGGAGUCCUUUGAGUGUCUUUUCUGUGAUAUGUGUCUUUGUGUAUUAACUGUCAAACUUAGUUCCUAUUAAUUAGCAUUCAUAUCUUCAUUUAAAGAAAAAAAAUUUGUAGUAGAUUAUCAAUAAUUAGACUCUUUACCCUAUUGAAGCUGGCAAUCAAUUCCAAGAGCAGUGCUAAGCUUUAUGUGGUGGUCUUGUGACUGAAUAUGUGUAUACUUGAAAGAGCUUCACUACAUUUGGUUUGGAAUAAAGGCCAGCAGUCUAUUUCUCCUUCUCCUUCUCCCUCUCGCUCCUCCUCCAUUUCCUCUAUCUUGUUGACCUUCAAGUUGCUUUAUUGGCAGCUGGCUAAAGAACAAUAAAUAACUUCUCUUCUUA